AGAAUAUAUUUAUUUAUUUGCAAUUCUAUGAAUGCGCAUCAAGAAUCAUCGAUCCCAAGUGAUAUUUCUUUAUGCAGAGGAUAAUCCUAUUACUUGUAUGGGUUCACAUUGCUUUGUGUGUAUCAAACCAUGGAGAUAAUUCUCUCAAGGUGAUGCUUCAGACUCCUGAAUGGUCGCCGAUGCCCUUUCACUUACACUUGCUUGAGAGUAUAGCUGCAAUUGAUGAAUCAUUAUAUGGCAGUGCUGCAUAUUCCUUAGUCAAUGAUGAUUAUGACGAAGAGUUCUUGCUAUCGGCAGCCAAUGAUGAAUUGGUUUAUCAAUUGGUUCACGAUAGUGCAGGUUUGGAUCCAAUUAAUAAGUCUUUGGCAGAUUUGAAGACUGCCAGCAAGUACUAUGCCCCAAGAAUUCAAACUCAUUUCUCGAGCUAUUUGAACGACAUACAACCGAAAUAUAGGGGCAAGUGUGACUACGAUAUGUUUGGAACAAAAUUGGAAAGGAAACCUACAAAGCAGUAUUCAUGGUUGUUGAGUGGAGAUAGAAUAUACUGCACACCAGAUGAUCUUUUUGCACUUGAGUUUUCAAAGAGGUCUGACAUGCUGAGUCAGUUACUCCCAUUUGACAGAGUUAUUGGACAGAAUUCUAAAGCACCGCUCUUGAUUUUGUAUGGUGACUUGAACCAUGAAGGGUUUAACAGCAUGUUUAAUAAUUUAUAUCAAAGUGCAGAAGCUGGGAAAUUGAGGUUUGUAUGGAGAUACGUUCCUUCUAUGGGAGCUCCUGACUUGUUACCCAAUUACGCAUCAACCUUGGACUUGAAAAACAGCUCUACACCAUCAAGUAUUGGUGAUUUUGGGUUGAAGUUGGCUUCUAAAGUCUUGUCAAACAAUGUUAGUCCUAGAGAGAAGUACCGGAUGUUGAAUUCGAUUUUGGAAGAUUUUCCCAGUCAUUUGGUGGACAUAGAUUCUGAAGUAGUGGACUCUGAUGUGGCAGACAGUGCUGCUGCUAAUGAAAAAAUGGGAACUUCAAAGGAAUCUGUGGGUAUUUACUUGAAUGGAGCACCCGUUAACGGCUUGGAGUUGGACGCCUUUAAGUUGUUCAACAGAAUUGAAGAAGAAGUCAACAUAAUCCAGGAAAUCAUAGCAUUAGGAUUUAAUCUUGACCAAGCACGUACUCUUCUUGUCAAGUUUGCAUUGCAUGCUGCAGUUAAGCUAAGUGAAUUCAACUCUGGAAGUGACGAAAACCGAUACAAAGUUCAUGAAAACUCAUUUGUUGCAGGUGCUCAGACGAAAAGGGGAGGAGUUGUAUUUAUUAACGAUAUUGAAACAGACGAAAACUACCAGGAAUAUACCACAGUUAGAGAGAAGGCGUAUAUCGAUAUGAUACCACAACUUGCACCCGGUCAAUUUCCUCCUCUCAAAGAGAAUAUCCAUGACCUUAUUUUUGUCAUUAACUUGUCAAACCAAGAACAGUUAAAAGUGUUCUUCACUUUCUCAAAGUUAAUCUUGGAUAGGGGAAUCCCACAACAAAUUGGUGUCUUGCCUUUUGGUGAUUCAGAGCUCGACAUAAAAAUUGCAAAAUACUUUUAUUUCUUGUAUGAUACUACCACUUCAAAAGAAGCGCUAGCAUUUUUGUACAAGAUCUUCAUGAGAGAAACCGAUAAUGAAAUCACCGAACUACUUGAACAUAUUCUGAUUCAAGGCUACGAGUUUUCUCCCCUGGUAUACUUAAGCACUCUUGAAAAAUUCUCCAUUACUGAGCCUUCUAUUGUGUUCAACGGUAUUAUUACCGAUUUGAAAUCCGAUUGGAGGCGUCAAAUGGGUAGUCAGAUUCGUAAGGAUGUUCUGGCUUUACAUAACGGCCUCCGUGCAAAUAAGAUAGGCUUUUCUAUGAAAAAGUUCCUUCAUCAAAGUGCAAAAUCUGAAAGAAAUCUCAACAUCAUUCCCAAAGACAGUAGUGGAUUUAAGUACAAGAAAGUCUCCGUUUCGUUGAUUGAAAAGUCUAGUAGAUUCAGGUUGAGACCUUCUCUAGUCGUAAAAGAUGAUAUUGAGGUUUGGUUGGUGGGUGAUCUAAGCCAAAGCGCUGCCUUUAACCAGUUGAUACAAUUAUUUAAACUAAUGAGCAUUUCAAGCUUUGAUAUACAAUUAAGAGUUAUAGACUUAUCUAAAAGUCAAUUGCUUAGCAAAAUCAAACAAGGAGACUUGAACGAAAAAGAUCUUGACAAUUUACUCGUUACCCUUGAAAAGGAACUGACAACGUUAAAAAGAGCUGAUCCUGAUCUGGAUAUGAAACAAUUUGUUUCUGAACAAGGUUUACCCCCACAUCAUUCAUACAUACUUGUGAACUCCAGAUACUUCCGAAUCGAUAAUACAUUCAGUCUUAAACAGGUGGAGUCUAUUAUAUCGUUUGAAAAGCUGUUCAGAUUAUCCAUAUUUGAUUCCUUCCUUGGAAAAUAUCCGGAGAUUUUUGAAAGUUCAAAGGUCGAUGACUUUUACGAUGAAAAAUUGGGUAUAAUGUUCCAUGAUUGGAAAGACUUACUCGUGACUCGAAUUAUGAAGUCUUUCUUCGUUGAUGAUGAUAAAUACGUCGACGAUGUGGCUAGAUAUGACUUUUCAUCCAUGAAUAUGUACAACUCGUUUGUUAUUGACAAUGAACUCGAGCCAUUGGUAGAUGUUUUAGUUGUGGUUGACCCUUUAGUUCCUUAUUCUCAACAAAUAGUUGGUAUUGUCAAAGGCUGCAUUAAUCUUCCAUUUAUCAGGACUAGAAUUCUACUCCAACCACAGUCACAAUACCUCCACCUCCCUAUUAAACGCUACUUCAAAGGAGUUUAUCCAUCAUAUCCUAUCAAGUUUGAUAGCUCAGGAUUUGUGGAUGAAAAUUUAUCUGCUCAAUUUCUGGGUCUUUCAGAUGAUGUGUUUUCAGUUGACUUGUUGUCUCCCAAGAGAUGGGUCGCAAUGAGUAAAUUUGCACCGAAGAACCUUGAUCUUGACUACUUCAAAUUCUCGCUGCUCUCUAGCAAAGAUCAAGAAGUUGUUUUUGAGCUUUCUAAAUUGUUGAUUGAAGGGUUUGCAACUGAUGUUACGAAUGCAUCACCCCCAGGUGGAUUGACUUUAAAAGUUUCUCAAGGUGAUAAGGAAGCAGACACUAUCAUCAUGUCAAAUUUGGGAUACUUCCAGUUGCCUAUUGGUGAAGGUACUUGGAACUUGACAACAGGAGCUAGCCCUUAUUUCAAUUAUGGAUUGUUAUCCGCAUCAUCGGAUCCUUUCGAUUCCAGUACUGUUAUACAUAAGCAGGUCCCCUUGAAUGUAUUCAAUUUGGACGGAUUGGUCCUAAGACCUAGGCUUGUGAAACAAGCUUCUAGUUUAUCCAAAGCUAAACCUAUACAACAAGAUGGUAUCAACAUUUUUACAGUUUCCAGUGGACACUUGUACGAGAGGUUAUCCUCCAUUAUGAUGGCUUCUGUAAGAAGUAACACCCAACAUCCCGUGACAUUUUGGUUACUCGAAAACUAUUUGUCACCUAAUUUCAAAGCAUUAUUACCCAAAUUGGCUGAAGAGUACAAGUUUGAGUAUCAUCUUAUCACGUAUAAAUGGCCCAUGUGGCUCAGAAGUCAAUUUCUGAGACAAAGAACAAUCUGGGGAUACAAGAUUUUGUUCUUGGAUGUUCUUUUCCCAAUUGAACUUGAUCAUGUGAUCUUCGUGGAUGCAGACCAGAUAAACAGGUCGGAUAUGAUAGAUCUUGUGAAAUUAGAUAUGGGAGAUGCCCCGUAUGGGUUUGUGCCCAUGUGCGAAUCUAAGGAAGAAAUGGAUGGGUUUAGAUUUUGGAAAACUGGUUAUUGGAAAGAUGUGUUGAAAGAUGAUCUAAAGUAUCAUAUCAGUGCAUUAUAUAAAGUCAACUUGAAGAGGUUCAGAGAAAUUGGAGCCGGUGACCGUUUAAGGUCACACUACCAAAAGCUCUCAUCGGAUCCAAAUUCUCUCAGCAAUUUGGAUCAGGAUUUACCCAAUAAUAUGCAACGUACGAUCCCCAUCUACAGCCUACCUCAAGAAUACCUAUGGUGUGAAACUUGGUGUUCAGACUCUACGUUGCAAGAAGCGAAAAACAUUGACUUGUGUAAUAAUCCUUUAACCAAGGAGAAUAAGCUUGAUGUGGCCAAAAGAUUAAUUCCUGAAUGGAGUGCUUAUGACAAAGACAUCUCAGCUUUGAUCGAUACGAUUGAGGUUCAAGAGUCGAGAAAAGAGUAUGAAAUAAACACACCGGUUUUCAUUGAAGACAAGGACGAAGACGGGGAGGAAGACGAUGAGUACGAACAUGACGAGUUGUAAAUAGAGGCAUAUUUGUCCAAAUAAAUAUACUAUUACGUGGUAGUAA